GGGGGGGGUCACAUUCUAAAGGAUUUCUUGAGAAUGUCAUUAUCAAACUUACGUAUAUUUUAAAAAAAAUAUCAAAAUAUUGUUUUUUCGCUAUUGCUAAUGCAAUGCACUUGAACUAUCUAAACUCACUUAAAGUCUUCCAAAAUGGCAACGUAUGUAUCACUCUCUGAAGGAGAGGAGGGAGAGGGGGAAGAACAUUAUGUGACACAAUGUGACUUAUCCCACCUUUAAAUUUUAAUCAUUCCUAUACAGAGAUAUAUGGGGUAGUUUUCCUUGAAGACACAUGAGACAUGAGGAAAAUUGAUGCAUGUGCUGAUGAAAACACCUGAAAAUGAUUGAAUGAUGAAAUGAAAAUAAAUACAAAGAUACAAACCAUAUGUCAACACAAUGUAACCUUUUGACAGGUCAAAUUGCAACAAGGAGCAACAAGGACAUACCCGGACCUGCUGGUUACUAUUACAAAGGUCUGUGGAAUUCAUUGAGAGGCUCCACAGUUAAACAAUUCAAUAACGCCUCUGCCAUCAGCCAGUGCCUCAAAAACAAGGUGGUCCUCAUGUAUGGAGACUCUACAAUCAGGCAGUGGUUAGAUUUCCUCUCAGAAGAGCUUGCAGAUCUCAGGGUACAUAACCUGCACAUCACGGCGCAGUUUGGACCAUUUGUGGCGCUGGACCAUGUCAAUAACAUCUAUGUGACAUUUCGCUGCCAUGGCCUUCCAGUUUGUGCUGGCACUUCACCAGUUACAGAGCUACAUUAUGUUGCCAAUGAACUAAAUGGAGUAGCUGGAGGGAAGAAUACAGUUGUAGUUAUCGGUGUCUGGGCACAUCUUACCUCAUUCCCCAUCAAGGUCUAUAUCCGUCGGUUAAUGAGCAUCCGCAAGGCAGUUGUUCGACUGCUAGCCAGAGCUCCAGAUACUAAAAUUAUUAUCCGGACAGCAAACCUGAAGCAAUUUCCAACACGCUUUCUAGCACAGCUCAGUGGUGACUGGCCUUCACUGCAACGUGACAAGAUACUCAGGACCAUGUUUAAAGGAAUAAAUGUUUAUUUCGUGGAUGCCUGGGAGAUGACUUUGGCUCACUACCUCAAGCAUGACCUCCACCCGCAACGUCCAAUCAUUAAGAAUAUGAUUGAUGUUGUUUUGUCAUAUAUUUGCCCUUCAAAGUAAGGGUAGGCAUGAUGUUUUCUCGAGGAAAAAAAUAAUUAAGAUGAACAGACUUCUUAAUUGUGAGGUGAUUUUAUUUCCUUAAACUUUAUCUGUUAUUUGUAGGAUGAAGUUGAGCUGUAACACGCUCCCAAAAAAUAAAGGCGCAUCAAUUCAGA